CAUUGGUUUUAGCUUCAUUAAAGAUCCAGUGAGAGCUUCUGUCUACCAUGGCUGGUCUUCAAAGAUCUGCAGUGUCUUUUAGGAGGCAAGGUUCUUCGGGGAUUGUUUGGGACGACAAGUUUUUGUCGGAGUUAAGUCAAAUAAAACCAGAACAACAAGGAGGAGGAGAGACCAAGCCAGAAGAACAAGGACAGGUGCGAGACAACAGUAACAACCCAGAAAAAGUUGAUGUUAUUAAGGAAGUUAAGCCGACAAUUCCGCCCAUCAACACUACCGUCGAAAGAAGCCGAUCUAACGGUGGUGAAAGACGCGGUUACCGAACCGGUAAGGUGUCCCCUGCCAUUGACCCGCCUUCUCCAAAGGUUUCAACUUGUGGGUUUUGCAGUGCUUUCGGGAAACAAGCCACGAAUAAUCGUAGGAAAAAGCAUGGUAAGCGUAGAUCGAGAUAGGCGUUUUACUCUAUUAUUUUUUUUAAUUGUAUUUCCGGUAACCGGAGUUGGAGAUUCCGGCGAACUUGAUGGGUAGUUCUGGGUAUAUCGAUUUAUGUAUGCUUAGGUUGUUAUAGAGGGAUUUAAGCUUAAAUUGAAGUCCAUCUAUAUGAACAGAACAGAGAAGAUUGUUGGGUGUUUAAAGUUUUGAUUCCCCCCCCCCCCUCAUUUUAUUAAUGUUUUUUAUUUUGUUAAUUGGGUGGAUAUGUAAAUUGAAUUAAUCUGUAUAAAUGUUUUAUUUGGAUGUUUAUUGAGACAAA